UGCUUUCAUUGAAACGUAUCUCAUGUGAGGUCCUCAGCGUGCAACAUCCUCCCACUAACCAUGGUCUCUUAAUGGAAAUGUCUAUUUCAAAAUUAAAUUUCAUGGCGCAUAAUAUCUCCACCCAGAAGUCUGUCAUUCACUAACCAGGAAAUGAAGAUGCUAGUUAUAGAGAGUGGGUUUCAUUCUCCAUCCAUGACUGCUACUGUUGCUCACUCUGCAAUUCGGACAAAUACAGCAACACCCACCACCUCUAAUUACGUCAAUCCUUUCCAAAAGUGGAGCAGUGGAAGAUAUACAGCACUUUCACAAUGCAAGUCCGGGGCAAUAGCCUUUGGCAUCGGCAGCCAUAAACCAAGGACAACGAGAAAGAUAACUAUGGCCUGGCAAGACAGCACGGUUCGUGCCGAGGUUGAUGUCCCACUUUCAGUGGCCUGGGAAUUGUGGUCUGACAGGGAAGGCUUGAACCGUUGGAUGCCCUGGAUUGCUUCCAUUAAGGUCUCAAAAGAUCAACCGGAGAUGUCACGGUGGACCUUGAAGUAUAAUGCAUUUGGUCAAGACUUAGAAUUUUCCUGGCUUGCUCGUAAUAUGCAGCCAAUCCAGUAUCAGAAAAUACAUUGGCGUUCUGUAGAUGGUCUUCCAAAUAGAGGAGCUGUUCGCUUUUAUCCUAGAGGGCCAUCUUCAUGUGGAAUAGAAGUUACUGUAUCAUAUGAAGUUCCUGAAAUCCUUGCAGGCGCUGCUUCAUUGUUGGUCCGGAUGUCUAUUUGAUUGGUGAUAUGCUACAAAGUUAUUUACAAAUUGAUGUUGUGCUUUUUGGAGGGAUUAGGAUGAUGACAUGAGGCAUUUCUAAAGGAUUAAUGUUCCUUAUUUGGUCCGAAAGUAGUGUUGUUAGCUCUAUUGAUUGUUUUGGUGAACAAUACCAUUGUCCAAAAUAUAUGUUUGCACUAGAUAUGUUUUAGAUGGCUAUGUUGAUUACUAUAGAAUGUUUCUGAUAGCAUGAUUUCAGAUUUUCAGUUGAUUGGAUGGUUGUUCAUAGGUGACAUUAUUGUCUAUGAUCAGUUUUGGUAUUGUUUUAGGAGUGUGUGGACAAAUGCGUUGAUUUCCUUGUCUUGAUAUUGCUUUGAGAAUGUUGUGGAUCAAUUGUUAUUAUUCUUAAAGUGUUGUUCUUCUGUAGUGA